AUGUCGAGCCCACGCACUCGUACGAGCCGAGAGGCGACCCAGCACGGUAACAACUACAAGCCCCCGACAGCUCGCACCGUCGAGGAAGAGUAUCUCCACAGCCUCGGCAGCCUCAGCCCUGUCGGAGACACAGAACACCAACCAGAACGACCUUCACACAAGACUCGCUCAUCUUUCCCCGAAACAGUCGCGCCAGAGUUGACGUCAGAUGAAGAAGCGAACACGUACUCCCCGAAGCUCUACGGCCGCGUAGAGUCAUACCCCAGCCAGGCCUGGUUCAAGAAAUACCGGCGUUGCGACGGGGACAUAGAUCGGCCGGGAUUAUACGUGUCAAGGGACGGCGGGGUCAAAAAGUCGAAAUAUGCGCCGGCGUGGAGGCGCCUGUAUCGGAAAUUCGACGAGCACGCGUUUACCUACGAAGCGCUCUUCGACUGGGGCGAUACGACGAACCGGGUCGAUAACUCGAUUGGUCCGGCUGGGCCUGGGGCCCUCGCUGAACUGGCUGAGAUACUGGGCCAGUUGGACGUCAGCGAUACGGGUGGCGAGGAGGCGGUCGAGGGGGUUAAAGGAGAAAAGUAG